UGUGAAAGCUUUCUUUGUUUGUACAUGGUGAUUUCAGUCAUUGGCGUUCUGAAGUUCGAUUUUUUUAUGGAUUGGAUGCUGGAAUUGAUCUUCUGACAUUUAUAUUUCCUGUAUAAUGCCUAUUCGUUUCCUUUGUUUUCUUUUGUGGACAAAUCUUUUUUUGAGAUUCUGAGGCUUUAGAUAUCUUGGAUAUAGGAUUGCUUGGUUUGAUUUGAACAAGUGAUUGGCAAUUAAGUCGCUGCUUGAUUAUUGGGUCACUGGAAUUUCUUUUGUUGUUGUUUUAAACAGAAAAAUAAAGCAGAGCGGAUCCAUAGUAGUCUUCUUGCUGAGUCUGCGUUUAAUUCCUUGUUACUCACUUACUCCGUUUUGGUUGCAGUUAAAGAUGGGAAUUUACCUCAGCGCCCCGAAAACAGAUAAGGCUUCUGAUGAUGGUGAGAAUGACAGGCUUCGCUACGGUUUGUCUUCCAUGCAGGGGUGGCGUGCUACCAUGGAAGAUGCUCAUGCAGCCCAUCUAAAUUUGGACGAAUCAACAUCUUUCUUUGGUGUUUAUGACGGCCAUGGAGGUAAAGCUGUUGCUAAAUUUUGUGCCAAAUAUCUGCACCGACAGGUGCUUAAGAAUGAAGCUUAUGUAGCUGGAGAUAUAGGCACAUCUUUGCAGAAAACUUUUCUCAGAAUGGAUGAGAUGAUGCGUGGACAAAGAGGGUGGAGAGAGUUAGCUGUCUUGGGAGAUAAUAUAGAAAAGUUGUCUGGUAUGCUAGAGGGCUUUAUAUGGUCUCCAAGGGGCGGUGACGGCAAUGACCAUUCUGAUGACUGGGUUCUUGAGGAGGGACCGCAUUCUGAUUUUACGGGACCAAGCUCUGGAUGCACAGCUUGUGUGGCAGUCAUUCAAGGCAACCAACUUGUAGUUGCAAAUGCUGGUGAUUCUCGCUGUGUAAUAUCAAGGAAGGGCCAGGCGCAUAAUUUAUCCAAAGACCACAAGCCUGACCUUGAAGUUGAGAGAGAUAGGAUUCUAAAAGCUGGUGGUUUCAUACAAGUUGGGCGAGUUAAUGGAAGUCUAAACUUGGCCAGAGCAAUUGGAGACAUGGAAUUUAAGCAAAACAAGUUUUUGCCUGCUGAAAAGCAGAUUGUCACUGCUGAUCCGGAUAUUACUUCUGUUGAGCUUUGCGAUGAUGAUGAGUUUCUUGUGAUAGCGUGUGAUGGGAUAUGGGAUUGCAUGUCAAGCCAACAGCUUGUGGAUUUUAUACAUUUACAGCUGAAGACGGAGAAUAAACUCUCUGCAGUCUGCGAGAAAGUAUUUGAUCGGUGCUUAUCGCCUACGGCUGGUGGCGAAGGAUGUGACAACAUGACCAUGAUCUUGGUUCAGUUCAAGCCUUCGAGUCCAGAUGAUCCGGUUACAGACAACCCUCCAUCAUCUGCUCAACUAUGCAAGGCUGAUGAGAGUCUAAAUCAACCAUCUAAUGGUGAAAGAAGUUUAGACCAACCAAUCUAGCUCAACCGUCCAAGCCUGAUAAAAGGUUUAUCAGAAUCUAAGUGGAAAAGAAAUCUAGGCCUGAGUCAGGCCGGAUAGCCAUUAAUCUGUUGAAGCAGCCACUAGAAGGAAGAGGAAUCAUUUCAUAUCUAGAAAUCAUGAUGUUGAUUCUCAAGAGCGAAUUGUAUGUUCUAAAGUUCUGCUUUUGUACAUAAGCUUGGAUAUUCAGGAUACUGAAAUGGAAAAAUGAUUCAGCGGGCAUGACCGUGAGCAGUUUCACGGAUGAUUAAUCACUUUAGGGGUCAUUAAUCUGUGUCGUUUUUUUUUUUCUUUUUUUUUUUUGUUUUUAAAAAGAAAAAAUUUGGCCCCAGUGAUGUUUCCCACACCUAGUUUCUUUGUGAACUUAAUGCUCAUGUACGUGAUUGACGAUGCAUCUGUUUUACGCUCCUAUUCAUUAGCUGUCAUAGUUAUAUUGAUAGAUAUUCCUUGGGAA